AUGCCGUUGCUUGGGCAUCCUGUCGCGCGGGAGGCAAAAGUACAGGACGAGAGCAGGAUCAAGGCCGAGGCAAAGCCAAAGGGCACGAAGCAGGACCCCGUUGUUGUCGAGGAAGAGGCGAGUGAUGCGGUCAAGCGCGACAAGAUCAUUGUGGAUAUCACCGAGCUCGAGGACGUGACAAAGCGGAUCAAGGAUGACACCUUGCGCAAACCGAUCGAUGACAGGAUCGCCGAGCUGCGAGCCGAGCGCAAGAAGCUUC